GUGUGCCAGUGAGGCGUUGACGGCAAUGGCAACUCUAGGUACAAUGACAGGUGUAGCGGUGCUUCUGGUUCUGGUGGCAGCGGCUCUGGGUGCCCACCAGCAAUCACUGGCUGACCCGCCAGUAUGUCCAGAGCGGAUCCCGGGCGUGACACUCAACAUUACCUUCUACCCAAAUGAAGACGACUGCACCAAGUACUGGGAGUGUGACAACGGAAACCUUUACAACGGCUCGUGUACUGAUGGCUUGAUAUGGAAUCCCAAUGUGGACUCCUGUGACUGGCCGUAUAAUUACGAUUGUCCUUACGAUAGGAAACUACCUAUUGACGUCAUAUCCUGUCCUCAGCCAUCCCCAGGUGAGAAUUUCAACGUUACUUUCUAUCCUAAUGAGGAAGACUGCACCUUGUAUUGGGAAUGUGACAAUGGACUUCUGAGAAAUGGAUCUUGUCCUAAUGGUCUCAUAUGGAACAAUGACAUACAGGCCUGUGAUUGGCCUUACAACUAUGACUGUCCCUAUGACAAGAAGGGACUUAUUGUCCUUUCAGAUGCCACUCCAGACUGUCCGCAGCCAUCGCCAGGCGAGGUUUUCAACGUUACGUUCUACCCCAAUGAGGAAGACUGCACCUUGUAUUGGGAAUGUGACAAUGGACUUCUGAGAAAUGGAUCUUGUCCUAAUGGUCUCAUAUGGAACAACGACAUACAGGCCUGUGAUUGGCCUUACAACUAUGACUGUCCCUAUGACAAGAUGGGACUUAUUGUCCUUUCAGAUGCCACUCCAGACUGUCCGCAGCCAUCGCCAGGCGAGGUUUUCAACGUUACGUUCUACCCCAAUGAGGAAGACUGCACCUUGUAUUGGGAAUGUGACAAUGGACUUCUGAGAAAUGGAUCUUGUCCUAAUGGUCUCAUAUGGAACAAUGACAUACAGGCCUGUGAUUGGCCUUACAACUAUGACUGUCCCUAUGACAAGAAGGGACUUAUUGUCCUUUCAGAUGCCACUCCAGACUGUCCGCAGCCAUCGCCAGGCGAGGUUUUCAACGUUACGUUCUACCCCAAUGAGGAAGACUGCACCUUGUAUUGGGAAUGUGACAAUGGACUUCUGAGAAAUGGAUCUUGUCCUAAUGGUCUCAUAUGGAACAACGACAUACAGGCCUGUGAUUGGCCUUACAACUAUGACUGUCCCUAUGACAAGAUGGGACUUAUUGUCCUUUCAGAUGCCACUCCAGACUGUCCGCAGCCAUCGCCAGGCGAGGUUUUCAACGUUACGUUCUACCCCAAUGAGGAAGACUGCACCUUGUAUUGGGAAUGUGACAAUGGACUUCUGAGAAAUGGAUCUUGUCCUAAUGGUCUCAUAUGGAACAACGACAUACAGGCCUGUGAUUGGCCUUACAACUAUGACUGUCCCUAUGACAAGAAGGGACUUAUUGUCCUUUCAGAUGCCACUCCAGACUGUCCGCAGCCAUCGCCAGGCGAGGUUUUCAACGUUACGUUCUACCCCAAUGAGGAAGACUGCACCUUGUAUUGGGAAUGUGACAAUGGACUUCUGAGAAAUGGAUCUUGUCCUAAUGGUCUCAUAUGGAACAACGACAUACAGGCCUGUGAUUGGCCUUACAACUAUGACUGUCCCUAUGACAAGAUGGGACUUAUUGUCCUUUCAGAUGCCACUCCAGACUGUCCGCAGCCAUCGCCAGGCGAGGUUUUCAACGUUACGUUCUACCCCAAUGAGGAAGACUGCACCUUGUAUUGGGAAUGUGACAAUGGACUUCUGAGAAAUGGAUCUUGUCCUAAUGGUCUCAUAUGGAACAACGACAUACAGGCCUGUGAUUGGCCUUACAACUAUGACUGUCCCUAUGACAAGAAGGGACUUAUUGUCCUUUCAGAUGCCACUCCAGACUGUCCGCAGCCAUCGCCAGGCGAGGUUUUCAACGUUACGUUCUACCCCAAUGAGGAAGACUGCACCUUGUAUUGGGAAUGUGACAAUGGACUUCUGAGAAAUGGAUCUUGUCCUAAUGGUCUCAUAUGGAACAACGACAUACAGGCCUGUGAUUGGCCUUACAACUAUGACUGUCCCUAUGACAAGAAGGGACUUAUUGUCCUUCCAGAUGCCACUCCAGACUGUCCGCAGCCAUCGCCAGGCGAGGUUUUCAACGUUACGUUCUACCCCAAUGAGGAAGACUGCACCUUGUAUUGGGAAUGUGACAAUGGACUUCUGAGAAAUGGAUCUUGUCCUAAUGGUCUCAUAUGGAACAAUGACAUACAGGCCUGUGAUUGGCCUUACAACUAUGACUGUCCCUAUGACAAGAUGGGAAUUAUUGUCCUUUCAGAUGCCACUCCAGACUGUCCGCAGCCAUCGCCAGGCGAGGUUUUCAACGUUACGUUCUACCCCAAUGAGGAAGAUUGCACGAAGUAUUGGGAAUGUGACAAUGGACUUUUGAGAAACGCGUCUUGCCCUAAUGGUCUCAUAUGGAACAAUGACUUACAAGCCUGUGAUUGGCCUUACAACUAUGACUGUCCCUAUGACAAGAAGGAACGUAGUUCCCUGCGAGAUGAGGUGUUUGUUUGUCCUCCAGUUCGCCCGCAUUUGUUAGGCGUUGUUAUGUUUUUUCCCAAUGACGCUAACUGCCACAAAUACUGGGAAUGUCUUAAUGGUAGAGUGAAGGAUGGCAAUUGUGAAGGAGAUCUUGUGUGGAAUCCUAAUCUCAAAAAAUGCGACUUGGAAACUAACUAUCCUUGCAACACAGAUAACUGAUUGUGUAAUAAUUGAUGAAAGCAACCCCCAUACAUUAUUUGCAGUUACCGGAGUAGUGGAGUAACGUCUUGACUCAUAAUGUAAUGAAAUCUAAAUGUUACGAGCAGAGUGACCUAAUGUAAUCUCUGUAUAUUUAUUUUUGUAUUGUGACCAUAAAUUACAAUUUGGAUCUAUUUUAAAAA